AGCGAUACACCCCAUAAGGAAGCGCCCUUCUGUGUAUUGCAUGUAUUUUUAGUAGCAAACGAAUGAGAUAGGCUAUCUCUUAAAAAAUAUAGAUUUUACUUACAUUUACAUUAUUGUUAAAUGAAACAAAGACGCGCCUGGACUUCCACCUGCUUUCUCUGAUGGGAAAUUGCCUUUUCGUUUGACCGAGAGAAAAAAACGGAUUACGGACAAAACUUCAUUUGGAUUUCUACGGAUGACAUCUUGACAUCUCAGGCUAAACAAACUGACCUGUUCCUUUUCCAAACUACUACAAGUGCAACUGAAGACCAGGAAAGACUCAUCACGAAUAGAUGGAUAAACUGAAGAAGUUCGUGUGGGAUGGAUUUGCAUCUGUGUUGAGGCUGUUAAACCAUAGCCAGUGCAACACAUGCUUUUUACAUGAAGCUUCUGAUGAAAAAAGUAGCAGAUGACCAGCAAGUAAGCUGAACAAGAAAUCUACCUGCCGCUAACAGCUAAAACGUCCAACAGCCCUGAAUCAAUCCUGUCCAAACAUGAAUGAACCCUUUCACUUAUUUGAAUAAAUGUGAUCCAACCGAAUCCUAAAGAAAGCUUGAUCCCACAGUGAAAGCAGAUUGUCUCUGACAUAAAGAGAUGAAACGAGAACGUUUUAAGCCCCCGCAUCCAGAUGACCCUCUGUGCUGCUGUGGAGACAUCGACCAGCAAAGAGAGUACUGCUGCUGUGACUGUGAAGAACUUGAUGAUGCCUGUGAAAGGUUACUUAGAGGAGAGCCAGACAAGCCAGACAUCUUCUCUCGUUUCAUCUCUCAUAUGGCUGAUUGUUUGGGUUUGCCAUGUUGUGCUAUAGGACCCCUUCGAUUGGAGCUCUCUGUUUUACCUCCCAUGGUAUUAAUUCCUGGCCUGUUGCGAGUAGCGGCAAUUAAUUGUAUCUUGGGAGCUGUAGUCUUAACUGCCCUACCAGGACUGGUGCUUUGGUAUUACUAUGUGACUCACAAAAGGAAAAGACGCACAUUGUUUUUCCUUAGUUUGGCACUUUUCUCCCUUGCCUAUAUGUACUACCUUUUCCUUACUGAGAUCGUCCCCAGAGGAGACGUAAGUAAUCUGCAGCUGGUUACCGUGACGACAGGCAUGAUGUUGACGCUUAUCUCCCUUGUGCGCACCAAACAGGGACCAGGCCUUGUCAAAUCCCAAUCAUUAGUUCUGGGAAUCAACAGUAGCUCUACAACCAAUCAGAGCACAGACUUACCCAGACACUCUACCACCCACAAUGGAAUCAGCCAGUCAAAGGGGGAGAAGGAAGGAAAGAAGAAGUUAUGCCCUGUGUGCAGACUGGUGCGCCCACCAAGAGCUGGGCACUGCAGGAUCUGUGGGGCAUGUGUCCUACGCAUGGACCACCACUGUGUUUGGAUAAACAGCUGUGUAGGCCAAGCCAAUCACAGGCAGUUCAUUUUGACACUUCUUCUCUUCCUAUUGACAUCCUUCUAUGGGAUCAGUUUGGUGUUACGGAGUGUAUGUCCUCGACAGAGUCUAUUCACAGCCAUGUUAUACUGUCCCGGAGUCUACAACCAACACAGCACAGCCCUGUGCUUUACAUGUGUGUGGUACAGCGUUAUCAUAACAGGUGGUCUGCUCCACCUGUUCAUCCUUCAGAUUAUCAAUGUCAGUUACAACGUAACAGAACGCGAAGCUCAAAUGGCUUUGCGCAACAAAACCGGCAGACGGCGCUUUUGUGGCCUGGUUGUGGAGACGGGUGUCUAUUCACGAGGCUUCCUCCAGAACUGGAUUCAGUUCCUCACAAUGAACACGGAUGAGAAUGAAUCCCCCUUCAUCUUCACAGACAUGUGCAGAUCUCAAUCCGAUUGAACAUCUUUGGGAUGUGCCAAUAAGUUGGAUCCAGAGCGGCUCCACCUUACAACCUGGAAUUGAAGGAUCUCCUGCUAAUGUCUUGGUGCCAGACACAGGAUGGCUACAGAGGUCUUGAGGAGUCCAUGCCUCAGUGGGUCAGUGCUGUUUUGGCAACACAUGGAGGACCUCAUUCUAGGCAGGUGGUCAUAAUGUUUUGGCUCAUGGGAGUAUGGGCAUUUUCAAUUAGGUUCCAAGUGUUAUGCAACCACAGCAGCUAUUUCACGAAAUUAAACUGCCUGGUCGCACAUAUAAUGAACCUUUGCCCAUAAAGGCUGUUACUUUAUAGCAUAUAAUUAAAUUGUUUGAAUGCAACAUGCUGCAAUGAUCAAAGAUAACUUUGUAAUCUUAGUAGCAAAUCAAGUAUGAGUGUUUUAAGUAAGAAAUAUUAGUAGUAUAAGUUGUAAUGAAUUAGUGAUGAACAAAGCCCAGAAAAUGAAUGUCACAACCUGAAAUGUCCCUGCAUUAUUGCAAUUAAGAAAUGUUUCAGUGAUUGUUAUAGAUAUUUAUAAAUAUUUAUGCCAAUGUUUGACACCGUUAUAUGAGAAUGGAACUGAGCUGAAGGAUGAUGUCAUCCUUCAGCUCAGUUCAGUUCUACCAGAAAGACUCGGGAGAAUAAAUACUGUAACAAUAAAUACAUUUAUUGAUAGCCCAGCAAGCAAUUAAGUUCUUUGGCGUAGGCCCCGUCCAUAGCUCGCAAUCCGAGGGUCCGGACUCUGCAUUUCCUGCCUGAAGACGAAGGCAGGGGCGCAGCCGACCCCCCCGGGAGGUACAGGAAGGGACCAUCCUGGUGGUGGUGGGGAGGAUGGAAGGGAAGGAACCAUCUUGGAGGUGGUAGGAUGGGAGGGAAGGAACCAUCUUGGAGGUGGUGGGGAGGAUGGAGGUCAAUGAAAGCGUCAGCAUCUGCGAACUCAAACAUGUGUAAGUACCGGACUUUUAUACCGCAAGCAUUAGACACGAUUGGAUAGAUGAGAAGGUAAUUAGUGACGCAACGAUUGAGUCUUCCUGGCAGAACUUAACGCUAAAGCUUCCAUUUCUCAUAUGUUCUCACCGUUUUCUCCAGAGCUACUGUAUAGAUAAAUGAACUUAAUUAUUAAUUAACUAAUGAUUUUUACAAUGGAAAUGAAUCAACACUGAACUUACUUAAACUAGACAA